AUGGGCUCCAUCCCAUUUUGCACCCUUCUUUGCUGCUUUAGUAGCAUAGCAGCAGCCAAUAUAUUUGAGUACCAGACAGAUUCCCAACCGUUACGUCCAUGCGAACUUCAGAGGGAAAAGGCUUUUUCAGGAGGAGAAACAUACGUUCCUCAGUGCUCAGAAGAUGGCCAGUUCAGGACAGUUCAGUGCAGUAGGAAUGGUCUUUCUUGUUGGUGUGUGGACGAGAAUGGCAUUGAGGUACCUGGCAGCAAACAGAAUGGAUAUCCCAUAUCUUGCUUAUCCUUUUGCCAGCUGCAAAAGCAGAGGAUCUUGGUCAGUCGCUACAUCAACAGCAGCAGCAUCUCCUACAUCCCUCAGUGCCUGGAUUCAGGGGCAUUUGAUGCGGUGCAGUGUGACACGGAGCUGGGUCAGUGCUGGUGUGUAGAUCCAGAAGGAAUGGAGGUUUAUGGCACCAGGCAGAGGGGAAAGCCAACGCGGUGUCCGGGAAACUGUGAGAUCCGAGACCGUCGCAUUCUUCAUGGGUUUGGGGAGAAGAGCCCACCGCAGUGCUCAGCAGAUGGAGAGUUUCUGCCUGUCCAGUGCAAGUUUGUCAACACUACAGACAUGAUGUUUUUUGAUCUCGUUCAUAGUUAUAACAGGCUCCCGGAGGCUUUCCAAACGUUCAGCUCCUUGCGGGAGACAUUCCCAGAGGUCUCUGGGUACUGUUACUGCACGGACAGCCUGGGGAGAGAGUUGGCAGACAGCGGCUUGGAACUGCUGCUCGAUGAAGUUUACGACACAAUUUUCUCUGCGCUGGAGCCUGCCCGCAUGUUCACAGAGACCAGCAUAUAUCGGAUCCUGCAGAGGCGGUUCCUGGGGGUUCAGCUAGCUACCUCUGGCAAGUUCAGAUGCCCCUCAAAGUGCGAGGUUGAGCGGUACACAGCCCUGCGUUACCAGCAUGCCUACGUGCCGUCUUGUGAUACCGAUGGGGGCUACACGCCAGUGCAGUGUCAGCAGGGAGGACAGUGCUGGUGUGUGGACACCAAAGGGCAAGAGGUCCAGGGCACAAAGAGACGAGGACAGCCCCCGGCCUGCGGUGAAGAACAAGUGUGCAUCGCUGAGAGACGACGGGCCUUGUCGAGGAUCUUUUAUGGCCCUGCUGGGUACUUCAGUCAGUCCAAUUUGUUUUCCAUGCCAGAUAUGCAGUCGGAAAAAAUAGCUGGCUUCUCAAGACCCUGCCCUCCCUCCUUCAAGGAGCUGUUUCUGGACUCUGGAUUGUUGUCCCCAGUUGCACAAAGCCCAUAUGUCAGCCAGAUUCCUGGGCUAGAAACCACCCUUAGUGAAGCCAUCACGGGGAUGUUCCCAUCAAGGGAACUGGCUCAAGUGGCACUGCAAUUUACUGCCAAUCCAAAGCGUUUCCAAGAAAACCUCUUUGGAGGAAGGUUCUUGAAGAAUUUGAUCCAGUUUAACUUCACAGGGGCACUUGGCACUAGUGGAAAAUACAGCAUUGGCCAAUUUUUCCCACAGGAGGAUGUGGCAGAGAGGGGUAACGGCCAAGGCCUUCCGGAAUCAGCUGAGGCAUUUUCAUUGGAGGUAUCAAAGGGGAGCUCAAUUUUGAAUAAACAUCUGGUAGGCAGUUUUGGCCGCACAGUGACUCUACAGGACAAUCAGAAUAUGAUGAAAUUACUUUCCUCUGUUCUGGAACUACCAGAGUUCUUUACUUUUCUUCAACAAGUGAUUUCUGUCCCCAAAAGCAUUGCUGGAGAUUUAGGUGAAGUGGUGAAACUAGCAUUGGGAUCCGAAGACUGUGGUGAGGAGCAGAGAGACCUCUUUGUUCCAACAUGCACCAAGGAGGGGAGGUAUGAGGAAGUUCAGUGCUAUGCAGGAGAGUGCUGGUGUUUGGACACUUCAGGUAAGGAAGUUCCAGGCUCCAGAGUUCAAGGCAAACAUCCGAGGUGUCCCACUGAUUGUGAGAAGCAAAGGAGAAACCUGCAAAACUUGAAGCAAAGCCUGCCUGCGGGAUCAGAUCUUUUUAUUCCCUCUUGUACUGAGGAUGGAGACUUUCUGCCACUCCAGUGUCAUGGGACAAAUUGCUUCUGUGUUGAUUUGAAUGGCAAGACUAUUCCAGGAAUAAGGGGAAAAGCUGGAAAGCCGAUGCAAUGCCCAAGUGCUUGCCAAGUAACAGCUGGUCAGGAGUUUCUAAAGGCUGUGAAACUCCUGUUGUCAAAUCCAAGUGCUCUGUCUCAGCUCUCCAGCAUUUACCUCCCGCAGUGUGAUGCUGACGGUGCCUGGAGGCGGGUGCAGUGCAGUGGACCUUCUGAGCAAGCCUUUGAGUGGUACGAAAGGUGGAUUGCAGAGAACAAUGAAGGCAAAACCCUGCCUGUUGCUAGUCUAUUGAAUAUCAUAACUGGAUAUAAAGAGACGUCUUCCAAAGGCUUUUCAGCUUUUAUUAAAGCUUUGUAUGAGGCUGGGCACCAGAAUAUCUUCCCAGCAUUCACCACGUAUUCCUCCUUCACUGAUCUCCCACCUGAAGUGCUGGAAGGAAACGUGACCUAUGCAUCUGAGAACAUUUUACUGGAUCCAUAUACGUUCUGGCAGCUUCUGAAUGAGCAGUUGACCUAUUACCCAGGACCCUAUACUGAUUUCAGCGCUCCAUUAAGCCACUUUGAACUUCGUGAUUGUUGGUGUGUUGAUAGCAAAGGAAAAGAGCUGCAAGGAACAAAGGCAGAAGUGAACCAGGUCCCAGCAUGUCCUGGUAUAUGUGAAGGUGUUAAGCAGGAAGCCAUGAAAUUUAUGGAGGAGGCAGAGCAGCUCAUCCUAGCAUCAAAUAGUUCCCACUUCCCUUUUGGAGAAAGCUUCUUGAUGGCAAAGGGAAUACAGCUCACAGACAACGAUCUCCUACGUUCUGCUCGGCCCUAUGAGACAGAGGCGGUGGUCUCUGAAAAGCUGUUAUCGGGCAGUGACUAUGCUCUCCAGCUGGCUGCAUGGUCAGUCUUGCAUUUCUACUGGCGGAGUCACUUUACUUCAAAACGUUCUGCUGGGGAAGCAGCGCAGCUGGGAUUUCUCCCUUACAUCCCACAGUGUGAUGGCCUGGGAAACUGGGAGCCAACUCAGUGCUAUGAGAGCACAGGUCAUUGCUGGUGCGUGGAUGGGAGAGGACAUUAUGUCAUGGAUUCCUUGGUCUCACGCUUGGCAGAACUUCCCAAAUGCCAGACAUCAUGUCAGCGAUCUCGAACCAAUGCCUUAAUUUCCAGCUGGAGACAGAGCGGUUCAAAGCUGGAUGCCUCUACAGCUGAUCUAUUCGUCCCCUACUGCCUUGAGACAGGAGAAUACGAUGUGCUACAGAGAUCCGACACAGAUAUUUGGUGUGUAGAUCCUGUGUCAGGAGAAGUAUUGCAGCGUGGCAGCAAAGAUUUGGAUGGAAAUCCUGAGUGUCCUAGUUUCUGCAAUAUGCUGAAGUCUAAAACUAGUUUACGAGAAGCUGGCAAAGGCUACAUCCCACAGUGUGAAGGGGACAACGGGACUUUUUCACCCAUGCAGUGCAGCCAGGAUCAAGAGAGCUGCUGGUGUGUCUUUGACAAUGGAGAAGAGGUGCCAGGGACACGAGUAAGCAGAGGAAGACCUGCAUGUGCAAGUCCGCAGUGUACUCUGCCAUUCGGUGCCUCAUCUGUUCUCAACGGAGCUGUAUUUUGUGAAAACAUUUCUGGGCAAGCUUCAAGCGUUCAGCAGUGUUGGCUGGUGUGCCACCAGGGCUUCCACAGCGCCUCUUCCAGCACGUCGUUUCAGUGUGAUGUGCAACAGCGUCGAUGGGUCUUGGCUGCCCCACUCUAUCAGGCCUGCCAGAAGCUCCAAUUACUUCAGACAGUCCAAGCUCAAACACACUUUCAACUGCUACUGCCUCCUGAGAAGACUUGUAGUUCUGACUACUCUGGAUUACUCCAGGCAUUCCAGAUAUUUAUUUUAGAUGAGUUGAAGGCUCGUGGUUUAUGUCACCUCCAGGUAAAUGCAUUCGGAAAUACUGGCUCAGUUUCUGUCUGUGAUGAUUCCACUGUCUAUGUUGAAUGCCUGAGCGUGGACCGCCUGGGGGUGAAUGUCACGUGGAGGACUCAGCUGGAAAACAUCCCGGCAGCUUCUCUCCCUGACUUACAUGAUAUUGAAAAUGCAAUUGUUGGAGAAAAUCUCAUUGGAGCAUUUAUAAAAGAGAUUAAGGAUGGUGGUUUUCUGCUGCAUUUGGACUCCAAGCAAUUCCUAGGAGAUUCUUUCAUUGAUUUUCCCCGGGAUGAAGAGUUUGAUCUGUCUCCGAGUGUGCAGCUAGGAUGUAGAAGUGGGUUUCGAAGAACUUCAUCUCCUGCGAAAGCAGUCCCAGAUUCACAAGGAUGUGUUGUUUGUCCUCCGGGCAGUCAUUUCCAGAACGAUGAAUGCGUUCCCUGCCCUUUUGGCUACUAUCAGCAUCAGACAGGACGUUCCUCUUGUAUCAAGUGUCCUGUGGGCAAAACUACCAACUCCUCUGGGGCAUUCAGCGCUGAUCACUGUAUCACGUACUGUCAAAGCAAUGAGCAGGGUCUGCAGUGUGAUGAAGAUGGCCAGUAUAGACCUUUCCAGCAAGACCCUGACACUAAGAAAUCCUUCUGUGUUGAUAGCUUUGGAGCAGCCCUGGACUGGACUGAAACAGACGAUCUCCUUACAGACUACCAGUGCCUAGUGCUCAGAAAAUUUGAGAGAGUUCCUGCCUCCAGACUGAUUUAUGGGUCAGAAGCAGAUCAAAUUCUUCAGUCUCAGUCACUUGGGGAAGACCUGCAAAGUCCAGCUUUUCAGUGCAUUUCAGGCUGUGAGAGGGAAGAAGCAUGUGGUUUUGCCACCGUAACUCCUGCUGGUGCUGAAGUUCUGUGUGAAUUAUACAGCGCUGCUGAAGUCAACUUCAACUGCACCACCUCUGGAUCGGUGCAAGGUGUUUUGGGGAACCCCGCUGCCACUAGCAUCGGUCGUCUCAGCUGCCUGCUUCAUGUCAGGAAUCCAGAGGGAGAUGCAGUGAUGGUCUAUUUGAAGAGAGGACAAGAAUUUAACUCAUCUGGACUCAAGACCUUUGAAAGGACCAGUUUUCAAAAUGUGCUUUCUGGCGUAUAUCGCUCCGUGGCGCUCUCAGCAGCUAGCACAUCUCUGACUGAUGCUCAGCUCUUCUGUCGGCAGACUUGCAGCAGGGACUCUUGCUGUGAUGGCUUCAUCUUGAGUCAGAUUGCACUUGAUGGAGGUACCAUUUUGUGUAGUUUGAUGAGCUACCCAGACGUGCUGAUCUGCAAUGCAAAUGGCUGGAGUCCAACACCAACAUCUGCCAUAGAUGGGAUAUGUAAAGGUGUGAGCUAUGAUGAAAAAGAGAAGAUGUUUUCCUUCAACCUGGGAGGACAAGUGUUCAGUGGAACUUCUAAGUUGGCAGAAGAGGCAGAAAGAAAUUUUACUACCUUUCAGCAAGUUUAUCUGUGGAGAGGCUCCGAUAUGGUCACCCGGACUAAAACCUCAGAGUGCGAUGCUACUGCUUUGAAGACAGAGAAUGAUCUAACGUUAUCAGAUUCCACAAAGGAUCUUUUCUACCUAAUGGACAACAGCCGGAUACGAAGUGACCAGAACUCUUCUCUCUCUUACCAGCAGUACUGGGUCUUCAGGCAGAAGUACUCAGCAGAGGAAGCUGUGCUUUGGUGUCUCACACGUUGUGCGCAAGAUGAGUUUUGUCGAAUGGCAGAUCUUCAAAACGCUGCAGACAAAUACUCUGUGUGCACCCUCUAUCCAGAGGCACAGAUUUGUGAUGGCAGCAUCGAUCAAAUACCAGAAAACUGUCGAACCGUGCUACCCUGGCAACCACAGACAUUGUAUCGUAAAAUAGUCACUCUAAAAAGUUCUGUGAAGAGCUUUUACACACGUGUACCAUUCCAGAAAGUAACGGGGAUCUCAGUGAGGAAUAAGACUGACAUGAGCAGUAAAGCUGUUUCAGAUGGCUUCUUUGAGUGUGAGCGUUGGUGUGAUGCUGACCCUUGUUGCACGGGAUUUGGCUUUUUUAAUGACUCCCAGCUAUCAGGUGGAAAGAUCGUGUGCCUGACUCUGAACAGCCUAGGAAUCCAGAUGUGUGCUGAGGAAACAAGAAGUGCUUGGCAAGUUUCAAAUUGUAGUUCACCAGAUGCUGAAGUCAGAAUACACCCAUUUGGCUGGUAUCAAAAGCCUGCUGACUUGAAGAACACCAUGCCUAACGUGUGUCCGCCUGUUAGUUUACCUCUCAGGCCAGAAAGUGAGUAUUUGGAUAUAUGGCAACCCUUAAAUGUGUCCUCUGUUAUCAUGGAUUCAUCCAUCUCAAACUUUGAAAUGGUACAAGUUAGUAGAGACAUAUCCAAUGACUUCUCCACUGCCAGAGACUUUUGUCUAUCCGAGUAUUUGGAUAUAUGGCAACCCUUAAAUGUGUCCUCUGUUAUCAUGGAUUCAUCCAUCUCAAACUUUGAAGUUGUACAAGUUAGUAGAGACAUAUCCAAUGACUUCUCCACUGCCAGAGACUUUUGUCUAUCCGCUUGUUCAAAGAACCAGUCAUGUACAGUGGUUACACUGGAAAUCCAGCCUUCAGCAGUAAGAUGCCUUUUCUACCCUGAUACACAGAUAUGCACACAUGGCCUGCAAGGGCACAGCUGCCGGGUUUUACUCAAAGAGCCAGCUACAUAUAUCUAUAGGAGACAAGAUUUAUUCCUGCCCAUUUCUGAAUCGGAUUUAACUCCAUCUGUGUACAUCCCGUCCCAUGGAGAUCUGAUGGGCAAAUCCCAGGUGAUACGCAUUGGCUCAGAGUGGAGAAAUAUCAGCCAGUUCCUGGGGAUCCCGUAUGCUGCACCUCCCCUUGCAGAGAGGCGCUUCAGUCCUCCAGAGCCGUUUGCUUGGGUGGAAACCUGGAAUGCUACUGUGGCUCGAGCAGCUUGUUGGCAGCCAGGAGAUGGAGAGGCCCCAUCAUACUCUGUCAGUGAAGACUGCCUAUAUCUGAAUGUCUUUGUUCCUGCCACCACUGUCAAAAACAUGUCAGUGUUACUGUUCUUCCACAAUGGAGGGAGUUACAAUGCUGAGGAGGGAAAGACAACCAUAGAUGGAUCAUACCUAGCUGCCAUCAGUAAUGCCAUUGUCGUGACGGCAAACUACCGGGUUGGUGUUUUUGGCUUCUUCAGUAUUGGUUCUCCUGAGGCAAGUGGAAACGCUGGCCUUUUGGAUCAAUUGGCAGCUUUGAAGUGGGUGCAGCAGAACAUCGCUAGCUUUGGGGGAGAUCCAAGACGGGUUUCUUUAGGAGCUGACCGUGGCGGGGCAGAUGUUGCCAGCAUUCACCUGCUCACAGAGACAGCGGAUAUGGACCUCUUCAAGAGGGUGUUGUUGAUGGGAGGUUCAGCUUUUUCUCCAGCAUCCAUUAUUACUAAGAGGAGAGCACAGACCCAAGCAGCGGUCCUGGCUGAAGAUGUGGGAUGCCCUUCAUCCACCACUGAGGAAAUUGUAGCCUGCCUCCGCCAGUUGCCUGCUCGUGUCCUCAAUGAUGCACAGACUAAGCUCCUAGCUAUAAGUGGUCCAUUCCAGUACUGGGGUCCAGUGAUGGAUGGAAUUUACCUUCAGGAACCUUUAGCUAAAGCCCUGCAGCGCCCUCAACUUUGGAAAGUAGAUCUGCUCAUUGGAAGUGCUCAGCAAGAUGGGUUGAUCAGCAGAGCUAAGGCAAUUAAGAAAUUUGAAGAAAGUCAAGGAAGAGCCAACAGCAAAACAGCCUUUUAUCAGGCUCUGCAAAAUUCUCUAGGAGGAGAAGACUCAAACUCGUUCAUUGAAGAUGCAGCUACGUGGUAUUACUCCCUCAAACACUCAACCGAUGAUUAUUCAUCCUUUUCCAGGGCUUUGGAAAAUGCCACCCGUGACCAGUUUAUCACGUGUCCCAUCAUAAACAUGGCCAGUCACUGGGCUGCUGCCUCCAGAGGAAAUGUCUUCAUGUAUCACGUACCUGAGAAUGAAGGCCAUUAUGCUGCGGAGCUCUUGCUGGAUGUUCAGUAUGCAUUUGGACUGCCAUUCUACCUGAAGUAUGAAGAACAAUUUACUCUGGAAGAAAAGAGCCUUUCCUUGCAAAUUAUGCAGUAUAUCUCCAAUUUUGUAAACUCUGGAAAUCCAAACUACCCUUAUAGUUUCUCAAGAAGAAUGUCAGGGGUGAUGCCCCCCUGGCCUAUGUAUCUGCCAAAUGAUGAUGGUGAUAACUACAAGGAGUUCACUGUUUCCUUGCCAACUCUUAAAGGAUUGAAAAAAGCGGACUGUUCCUUUUGGUCUGAUUAUAUCAGAAGACUGAAAGCAUCCACAGGAAACGCAAGUAACGGAGAGCCAUCUGCAGAAAACAGCCCUAGUGAAGCUCCCAGUGAAGGACUUACGUCCCAGGAGAGCCAGCCACUGGGAGACAGUGUGGCUUACAGCAGAUAGAAAGUCACAGCUAUUGGAUGGGUUUGUCAAACAAUUGUAUAUCCAUACAACUGUGUCACACCAGAUGAACGAGUGGCUUCCUUUAGUUAACUUUCUGAACAAGUAAAGUAGACCUUUCAAGAAAGUAGUUUUUCAAGAAAAUUUUUGAAUAUGGCACAAAAUAAGCCCUACAGCUAUUAUUUUAGGUCAAAAGAAACUGUAAUUUGAAAAAUGAAGUAUCAAUAAAACCUGCAAAAACCAAACAAAA